GCCACUGUGAAUGUCAGCUGAGCUGCUGUGGAAUAUCACUGAAGAGUGGAGUUGGUGCUAUACAGCAAACAGAUUGACUGUGCUAAGUGCUUGCAGGAGACAUUCCAAGUUGCAGACAUGAAUGUACACUAUGAAAUUCCUUAUCUGCAUUCUCCACUUUUUAAAGACCUGGGGGAUAUCUGAACCUUGACUGCCUCAGGCCUCCACCUCUGCAGGAAAACUCAGAACAGAGGAAACCACACCAUGCCCAGACAGGAGAGGAUGCCACAGACACCUCCCUUUGCAGCUAUGUUUGACAGCAGUGGCUACAACAGGAACCUCUAUCAGUCAAAAGAGGACAGCUGUGGAGGGCUGUAUUACCAUGACAACAACCUUCUCUCAGGGUCCCUGGAAGCUCUGAUCCAGCACUUGGUACCCAGUGUAGAUUACUAUCCUGAUAGGACAUACAUCUUUACCUUCCUUCUCAGCUCACGCCUCUUCAUGCACCCCUAUGAGCUCAUGGCCAAAGUCUGCCACCUGUGCACAGAGCAGCGGAGACUAAGUGAGCCUGGCCUGGACAAGAACUGGAUACGGAAAAUUGCACCUAAAAUCCUGCAGCUGUUGACUGAGUGGACAGAGACCUUCCCCUAUGAUUUCCGAGACGAAAGGAUGAUGAGGAACUUGAAGGAGUUAGCACAAAGAAUAGCCAGUGGUGAUGAGGUGUACAGGAAGAAAGUACAGCAGCUCCUCCAGAACCUGAUUAGGAAGCUCACCACUGUUGGCCAAUAUGAGGAAGUACUUGCAAAAAUUAAUGCCACAUCCAAAGAUCACCUCACACUCCUAAAGACCAAGCCCCAGACUGUCCAGAGGGACAUCAUCACUGUAUGCAACGAUCCCUACGUGCUGGCUCAGCAGCUGACACACAUAGAGCUUGAGAGACUCAAUUAUAUUGGACCAGAAGAAUUUGUUCAGGCCUUUGUGCAAAAGGACCCUUUGGAUAAUGACAAGAGAUGUUGUGGAGACCAAAAGAAGACCCAGAAUCUGGAAGCCUAUGUGGAGUGGUUUAACAGGCUCAGUUACUUGGUUGCAACAGAAAUCUGUAUGCCUGUGAAGAAGAAGCACAGAGCAAGAGUGAUAGAGUAUUUCACUGAUGUGGCACGGGAAUGUUUUAACAUUGGCAACUUCAACUCCUUAAUGGCCAUUAUUUCUGGGAUGAACAUGAGUCCUGUGUCUCGAUUAAAGAAGACUUGGGCCAAAGUGAAGACAGACAAAUUUGAUAUUCUUGAGCAUCAGAUGGACCCUUCCAGCAAUUUCUAUAACUACCGAACUGCUCUGCGUGGAGCCGCUCAGAGGUCCCUGACAGCUCACAGCAGCAGGGAGAAGAUUGUGAUACCUUUCUUCAGCCUCUUGAUCAAAGAUAUCUACUUCCUCAACGAGGGUUGUGCCAAUCAUCUUCCAAAUGGCCAUGUUAAUUUUGAGAAAUUUUGGGAAUUGGCAAAACAAGUCAGUGAGUUUAUGACGUGGAAACAAGUGGAGUGUCCUUUUGAAAGGGAUCUGAAGGUUCUGCAGUACUUGCUCACUGUCCCAGUCUUCAGUGAUGAUGCACUCUACUUGGCUUCCUAUGAGAGCGAAAGCCCCGAGAACCACCUUGAAAAGGACAGAUGGAAGACACUAAGGUCAGUGCUGCUGGGCAGAGUCUAGCAUACAAACCAGUUUCUGCUGUUUCUGCAUCACAUGGAUUAGCAAAGGGCAUGGCUUGCUUUACUUCCCUGCACACCGAGUGGCAAAGUGAUGGAAAACCUGUAGUCAGUUGUGAUGUUGUGUCAGCAAAGACAGAAGACAUCAACUCAAGAGAAAGCAAGAAGCCUCUCAAAGCUGGCAGAUGAGAUAAAAUCACAGCCCGCUUGGCUUAAGCACUGCUUGAGGACUGCGCUGACAAUCAUUUGCAGAGCUCGCCUGCUGCCCAGGAAUCACUUCACACCUGGAUGGAGUAUCUCCCCCUUCCUUUUCCUGCACUGUGCAGAGUUGACAGUAGGUUACAAAGGAGGAAAAAAAAAGAGUCACCAUUCCUUUCAGUGAAACCUAAACCCGCACAGAAGAACUUCCAUUCCCAGUAAGCCAAGGGCUGUGCCUGACUGGGAUUGCUGAGAAGGGAAAGGACUGGACGGGAAAAAAACUGGCUGCUGGGCAGAGUUUCCCUCUACCACUCUAGUGGUGGUUGUGGGUAUUGGUUUUUUGUUUUUUUUGUUUUUUUUUUUUAAUGAUGUUUUUGAGUUGGCUGCUGGGAAGCAAACUCGUUGUGAUCCUAAGUUAUUCUUAAACUGUCAAACGUUAAAUGAAAAUCACAGCUGUGGUAGAAAUCACACUUGCUAGAGAAAUGUCAUAGCUGGGGAGCUUGGACUAUGCUACAAUUUCUAGGAAGGUUCUUUUUCUUCCUUGUUUUCUUUCUCUUGCCUGCUCUCCCUCCUUCCAUUUCUCUCUGCCUCCUUUCCCUCCUUCCAUUUCUCUCUGCCUGCCCUGUCCUCCCUGCCCCAUCCUCCCAAAUUCCUCUCUCUCUCCCAUCCUCCCAAAUUCCUCCCUCUCCCUCUCCCAUUCUCCUUCUCUUCUUCCCUCCUUCUCUUCUUCCCUCCUUCUCUUCUUCCCUCCUUCUCUUCUUCCCUCCCUCUCUUCUUC